AGGACUGACCUCAUCAUUCUUUCUGCACACGAAGCUUUUGGAAUGAUAUCGGAAGUUCAAUACCAAGCAUGAAAAUAUUAUCACGUGGUCAGUGCAAGGAGCCGGUGGUGGAUAUCGCGGAGCCGUACACCCUCAAGUCAAAGGGGUACGGGGACUUCAACGAUCUCAUGGAAAAGAAAGAGAGAGCCAUCGACAUCGACGGGCUCCUUGCUGCCGGCGGCCUUAAUCUCACAGCGGUCCCCCCGGACUUCAACGUUGAGCUACCGGUUGCCCAUGAGGACGUCAAGAUAGAAGCAGGUCGUUCAUGGUCCGACGAUCAUGAUGGUGAAGAGGAAGUUGACGAUGCAGCAUCGGUUGCAUCGUCCUCUUCAAGACUUCUCUUUUCAGCGGGAUCUUCUCUCGACAGGAGGGGGAAGCACAAGCUGGUGGAGAGAAACCGAAGAGAAACAAUGAGAAAGAUGAUUGCUGAGUUGCAAGCUACGGUGGGCUGUAAGACAAGACCAGGAUUACAUCCGAACGUGUCUGUGGUGCUUGAAGCAACGCUGCACUGGUUGAGAAGGAAAGGAGAGGAUGGACAUUUGAAGAAGAAAUUAGCAGCCGAAGACAUUGCAAUGUCCUAUCAACCAUGGAGACAUGCCUUCGACCUUGCUCCUGUUGGGAUCUUGAUUUCCAGCGAUGACGGUCGGUUCAUGAACCAACAAAAGAAGUUGGUUGUUGUUGUUGUUGUUGUUGAUUUCAAAGCAGGGCUGAUACAACAUGCUAACAUUCUAAUGAGCGAACUAUCUAAGAUGAAUCCUGGCAACCUCUUACAGCAUCCUAAAAUUUUCUUCUCUCCGUCAAGGAAUGUCUAUUUUCCCAUGAUAUUACAUGUUUGGAACGUGAUGAUCUACGUGAAUGUAAAGAUUUCCGGUGACGACGUGAAGGCUGCGUCAAAACUUUUCCGAUGGGACCUGCAGGACUGGGAGUUUACAGGCCCUGUUUACAAACACGGCAUGUCUUGCGAGGUAAAAGCCUCAUGUAAAGGCGGGGAGAUCCAAAGGAUCUUUGUGUAUUUGAAACAUUGUGAAUGCUGUUGAAAGUGACCGUGUGUGAACAAGUAAUGUACAUAAUGACAAUGAUUGAGAACC